GGCUGACAACCUACCUACGGUUAAACCAAACCUCGACCCAAAGCGGGCGGUUUCCCACUCGUUUCCCCAUCCCACGCUCUUUUGUACCACUUGCUUCGCCUCCUUUGCUUGUUGCGCCCGGUCUCUAGGGCGCAGCGUGUGCCAACAGACUUUGUGUCUCUAGAGAAGAGAUAGCGCCGUCCAAUUCGCUGGCCUCGUGUACGAAAAUUGUUGUCUUGGUAGGAAACAAGAGGCCGGGAAGGAUGGACGACUUCUUUCGCACCCAGCAGAGCCCCCGGGGCGAGCCCCAGGUGAGCGGCGCCUUCAUGUCGCCGCCGCGGAACGUGCCUCUGCUGCCGCGCCGAUUCACCACCGACUCCGGCCGUGUACCACUACUGUCUUCGAUUUCCGCCAUCCCGCGCGCUCCCGAGCCGCAGGACUUUGCUUCGACCUCGGCUUUGCAUAAAGUUCAAUUGCUAGAAAAGAAAAGGAUGGACUACGAGAGGCUUCGGGAGCACAGGCGGCGCUUCGAGGCCGAGAUCCACAAGCUGGACGCCCAGCAGCGUCAGGAGGAGCGGGAGCUGCAGCAGAUGCAGGAGGAUUUGAAUGCCAGAUAUGGCGGCCACCAGUCGGAGCCGACGACGCCGCCCGAAUACCGCGAGACUUCCGGCUUUCCUUCGAUAUUUUCGCGGCCGAAUCGCUAUUCGACCUCGAGCCUCACCUCCCCGCCGGGCAUAUUCAACCGCCCGGCGCGGUCCGGCUCGCUCCUCACCUCGCCCCUUUCCGGCACACUGCCGUCCCGAUUUCCCUUCGACGAUCUCCCGUCCCGCUCGGUGCCCGGGUCGCGGAGAAACAGCGACGAGGAUGAGAAGGAGGAGGCCGUCCGCCAGGACCCCACAAGCCAUCGUUCAACCAACGCACUCAAUCGGUAUUCUAUGCCCGUAACCCGGUCGCGGACCUACUUGAGCGAUAUCGGCCUCCUCGAGGACAGCAACAACACAACCGGCUUCUUGUUCGGUGACGAAGACUCAAACUCGGCAGAGACCAGAACGACUACCACAACGAAUCCCACGGCCCAGGUUGGUAAUAACGACUCGUUCCCAUCGUUGUUCAGGCAGCAGGCAUACCCAAGCAUAACAAGCGCAUCCUCCACUGCCCCCGACCUUGGCCUGUCCCAAACUUCUGGGCCCGAGCAUCAUUCCUCCAACGGCUGGAACAACAUUAACAAUCAUCGUCACAAGCAGAGUAUGUCUACCAUGAGCUCCACGCAGCUCAACGGAGGCGCCUCGGUCGGUUCGCCGUCCGAGGCCAGCACCAUUGGCAGCAACCGCCCGGCCAACGUGCGCCACUCGAUCGACGGCCUCAAGUUCUUCUCGGAAACCACGAGUGCCGCGUCUGAUCCCCCGGCCACUUCGGUUGUCUCGCCCCCUACCGCCCACGUCCUGGCCUCUCCCCCGAAACUGCAUCAGUCCUACUCUACCAACGACGUGCCCACUGUCAAGACCAAUGGUACGACCGGCUUGGGCGGCAAUGCCAACAAUCACGCCCAGCAGCACUUCCACAACCACAACGCAAGCAUUGGUCGUAUUCCCGCCGGCGCCAUGCCCAGCCGCCACAAUCGCGAGCUCUCGGCGGACGCCUCCUCGGCUAAUGGCCGCGAGACUGCCGGCUAUCCGUCCAUCACCUCCACCCUGCAAGCUAGCGCUCCGCCCUUCGGUCCUGCUGCAUGCCAACCGCAGCAGUCCUCGUCUGCUGUCGCGCCGGCCGUCGCCGCGCCUGCACCCGCUCCCGCUCCUGCGAUGCCCCCGUAUCCGUUCUACCCCGCGGCUCCCGGCUACACUCCUAUGGGCGGUCCUCCCCAGGCCGGUUACAACGCCCUGCCCAUGCUGAUGCAGAACAUGUCGCUCACCAACGCCAAUCCUGCUGCCAUGUACGCGCAGCAAAGCUUCACGGGCUACAACCCGCUCUACAGCCAGCCACCUGCUCCUCGCCCGCACCAGGACAGCCAGGCGCGCGUCAUUCAGAGCCGGCGCCAGAUGGACAGCGAAGCCAUGGCUCGCUUCAACAACUUGCCGCUUGAGCAGGUCGGUGGCACCAUCUACUCGCUUUGCAAAGAUCAGCACGGCUGUCGAUACCUGCAGAAGCAGCUCGAGAACCGUAUUCCUGAGCAGAUCCACAUGAUCUGGCUCGAGACCAACCAGCACGUGGUGGAGCUCAUGACCGACCCCUUCGGCAACUAUCUCUGCCAGAAGCUUCUCGAGUACUGCAACGAUGACGAGCGUACCGUCUUGAUCCAAAAUGCGUCGUCCGACCUGGUCCGCAUCGCGUUGAACCAGCAUGGUACUCGAGCCCUCCAGAAGAUGAUCGAGCAUGUGACCACGCCGGUUCAGAUCAACCUGAUCGUCGAAGCUCUGCGCAACCAGGUGGUCGAGCUCAUCCAGGACCUCAACGGCAACCACGUCAUUCAGAAGUGCUUAAACAAGCUCAGCGCUGCCGACGCCUCCUUCAUCUUUGACGCUGUCGGCAAGCACUGCGUCGAGGUCGGCACUCACCGGCACGGUUGCUGCGUUCUCCAGCGCUGCAUCGACCAUGCCGACGGCGCCCAGAAAGUGUGGCUCAUCGAGCGCAUCACCGCUCAUGCCGUCACCCUUGUGCAGGACCCGUUCGGCAACUACGUGGUCCAGUACGUCAUCGACCUCAACGAGGAAACGUUCACGGAGCCGCUCGUGCAGCAGUUCCAAAACCGCAUUGCCGCCCUUUCCAAGCACAAGUUCAGCUCGAACGUCGUGGAGAAGUGUCUGCGCUGUGCCUCCGAGCAGUCUCGGGACAUGAUCGUCUCGGAGCUCUUGGCCCCCGGCGAGAUCGAACGUCUACUUCGCGAUUCGUUCGGCAACUACGUGAUCCAGACCGCCCUUGACUAUUCGACGCCCAUGUCAAAACACCGUCUCGUCGAAGCCAUUCGCCCGAAUCUGCCGAGCAUCCGCGCGACGCCCUAUGGCCGCCGCAUUCAGGCCAAGAUCCAGGCGUAUGAUGCGCGGACUGGGCCGACCAAUGACGGACGUGGUAUGCCGACCGAUCCAGCUGGUGGCCAAGUCUCCAUCCGCCCGGCUCACAACCGUGCGCCCAUGGCCAACGGCGCCUCGAUUCUGGCAACCGGAGCCUAUGGCAACGGCGUCAAUGGCGUCAACGGUGCCAUGGCGCCAGGCGGCAUGUACCCGAGCAGCUCGGUCAUUGUUGUCCCUGCUCCUCAGAACCAGGCUCCCCCGCAGACGCCGCGUGCCCAGCAGCUCCCGCCUCAGUUUUCCGCAAUGGGCUCUGCAACCGAAAACGGCGAGGCCCCUCAGUGGGUUUAAACCAUUGCCAUCCCCGCGUUGCCCACACUGCCUCCGCGGCAUGAUGAGACUUAGGCUCGGCCUUUUGCGUUUUCUCCGUCCAUUUUCUCCCCCUGCUACACUAGCCACAAUGGCAUCAUCGCCUGCUACGACCGUCAUGACCGUUUUCCUCUUCUCACUGUUUCCGAUAGCGACGACCGGCACGGCAUAUCGAGUUUUCCUCACGAUGCGAUACGGUACUCCCUGGGCGACGAAAACAACCAUCGAGCAUAAGCUCCUCCUCGAGACUCAAGAUGACCGGGUUUCG